AUGUCGUUCCUUGGGCUCGAAGGCUUGCAUGUCUUCAUUACCGGCGCGGCCGGUGGUAUUGCAACAGCUGCAGUGAAGGAGUUUCUUGCUGCCGGGUGUCGCGUUACAGCUUUUGACCGUAGACGGGUUGAAGAUUCCAAGCUGUGCUCGACCCCGGAUCAGUCGUCAAGGCUUUUCAUUUCACAAGGCGAUCUGACCUCGGAAGCGUCUGUUGCCGAAGCCUUCAAGGCAGCCACCAACCAUUUUGGGCCCUUGAACAUCCUGAUUGCCAAUGCGGGCAUCACGGAUGAGAGCUCACAUCCGCCAAUAUGGGAGAUUGAGGAGAGUCUUUGGGACAAGGUCAAUACAAACAAUGUCAAGGGGACAUUCCUGACCGUUAAGCACUUCUUAUUAUCCGUCAGAAGAUCCCAAGAAUCUCAGAACAGGGAGCUUGACAACGUUGCUAUCGUCAUCACGGGCUCCGAGACUGGCAAGUUUGGGCAGGAAGGACAUGCAGAAUAUGCAUCCGGCAAGGCUGGCCUCCAGUAUGGUCUCGUCCGCACUGUGAAGAAUGAAAUCGUGCGGCUGAAUUCGAAAGCCCGAAUCAAUGCAGUGGCUCCUGGAUGGGUCAACACAGCUCUCAUUGGUGACCGCCUGGAUGAUCCAUACGAGAUGUGGGCGGAGUGCCAGUCCACCGUAGCGCUGAAGAAGAUUGCACAGCCUGAAGAUGUCGCUCGUGCAAUGGCAUUCUUGGCCAGUCAUCGCGCUGCUGGCCACAUAUCUGGGGAGUGUAUCUCUGUUGACGGCGGAAUGGAAGGUCGACUGAUCUGGCGUCAAGACCAGGCACUGAAGUCGGGGGAGAAACAGGCUCCGCUGCAAAGUGUAACAAUUCCUGCAUCGUUGCAUCCGCCGGCAAGGAAGCGGCGGUUACGCAUAUGUCUCUCUGUCGACUUCGACGCGAUAUCAGGGUACCUGGGAACUGGUCAUGAUCCGAACAAUACCCUAUCGGAUUAUUCGGCAGGUAUCUUCAGCGCGAAUGUGGGCGUGGGCAGGUUGCUGCACCUCUUUAAGAAGCACGGCAUCUCUGACAAGCUUACCUGGUUUGUGCCCGGUCACAGCUUGGAGACAUUCCCGAUGCAGGCAAAGGAAAUUGUGGAAAGCGGAGCAGAAAUUGGUCUUCAUGGCUACAGCCACGAAGGAGCAUAUGCCAUGACGGUCGAGCAAGAAAAAGACGUUCUUCAGAAGUGCAUAGGCCUCGUCACACAGCUGAGACAAGGUAAGAAGCCGGUAGGAUACCGGGCACCGCUGUACCAGAUCCGGGAGACGACAGUGCAACUCCUCCAAGACCACGGCUUUCUUUACGACAGCAGCAUGAACGCGCAUGACUCUUUACCUUACUUCCUGGUGAACCCGUUUCCGCAGGAACCCCCGCAUGUGCCCGAUUACAAGAAGGACGCCAAAAGCUGGAUGGUCCCAACACCAAUCUUCGAGCAACCGCAGCCUGGUACGGCCGAAGCUGACAAGGCGUUGGUGGAGAUCCCAGGCAGCUGGUACACCGAGGAUAUGACGCCUCUCGGAUUUUACCCCUAUGCCGCCAACACACAAGGCUACGUCGGCGUCGAUCUUGUUGAGAAGAUGUGGUGGGAUCGAUUUGACUGGCUCUGGGAGAAUGAAAGCUGGUUGGACGAGGGGCCUGGAAAAGGCUAUGGCUCCGUGUAUCCGAUGAUUUGGCACCCAGAGAGCGCAGGCCGGGCCCACAUUGUCGGCAUGAUUGACCGCUUCAUUGCAAAGUUGGUAGCCCGGAAGAACGCAGCGGAAGACGGCGAAAUUACGUUUGAGACGUUCGAGACGAUUGCGAAUGGCUGGAAGCACAGGAGAUGA